AACCCCCAUGUACACUUUCUCAGCAAGAAUUCCUCACAGCACAUGACUCAAAAAAGCGUCGCACCACACACAAUAUCCCAGCAUUACCCAAGUCUCCCACCACAGCGUCAGCUAGCGCGGCACCCACAAACAACUCACAGAACAAGGCGCCGCAUCAUCAUUUCUCUCUCUUCCCCGAAAAAGAUCCCAUUUGACACCAACUUUACCGGCGCCUCAUAGCUGUCUUUCUCUCUCCUCUUUCCACUCUUUUCCUCACUCGAUCUCCUUCUUUCUCCUCAAAUUCAACCCCAAUUUCACUCUUUCUCUCUCAUCACCUUCCACUCCCCAAAUUCAACAUACCACACUCAUCAAUUGUAACUCAAUUCGAUCGGAAAUUCAUCCAAUUGAACAAUUCAAUUCAAUUCUGGAGCAAAGAUCGUUAUCGUUUAUGGUGGAAUCGAAAUUUGAUGCUUGAAAUUUGCGGAGUAAAGAUAAUCGAUAAAGCUGGAGAAGAUUGAAGGGAAGAAUAAUCAGAAGAACUGGGGGCGAAUCAGUCUCGACAAAGACCGGCAAAUGCCGGGUUAGGGUUUUGGUUUCUUAGGUCCAAUGUCCCCAAAUCUCACACUCUAGAAUACCUUCCUCAAAUGGACUUCGUCACACGACACUCCGCCACAUCAUCAGCUUCCACAACCACCACUGCUUCGUCUGAUCAUCACUCGGAACCCGUCUCCGUAUCGUCUUCUUCUGCCCCGCACCUGGCGGAAGAGCCGGAGUACUUGGCACGCUACUUAGUGGUUAAGCACUCGUGGCGAGGCCGGUACAAGAGGAUUCUGUGCUUGUCCAAUGUUGCCAUUGUAACCCUUGAUCCUUCUACGUUGUUGGUAACGAAUUCAUAUGAUGUAGGGACUGAUUUCGAGGGGGCGUCCCCGAUUUUGGGACGGGAUGAGAAUGCUACUGAGUUUAAUUUGAGUGUUAGGACGGAUGGCAAGGGCAAGUUUAAGUCUAUGAAGCUUUCGUCGCGGUAUAGGGCCAGUAUAUUGACGGAACUGCAUAGGAUCAAGGGGAACAAGCCUGUUACUGUUGCUGAGUAUCCUGUGCUUCAUCUUCGCAGGCGGAAUUCUGAGUGGGUUCCUCAAAAAUUAAUGAUUACAUCAAUUGGAGUUGAACUUAUCGACUUAAAGUCUGGGGACCUUCGCUGGUGCUUAGAUUUCAGAGAUAUGAGCUCCCCUGCUAUUAUCCUUCUGGCUGAUACCUACGGGAGAAAAGGUGGUGAGCAUGGUGGAUUUGUGCUUUGCCCAUUAUAUGGAAGGAAGUCAAAAGCUUUUCAAGCUGCUUCUGGGACGUCAAUCAAUGUGAUAAUAGCCAACCUGACAAAAACAGCAAAAACCAUGGUGGGGGUUUCACUUUCUGUGGAUAGUUCACAAUCACUCACUGCGGUUGAGUACAUCAAACAAAGGGCCAAAGAGGCAGUUGGAGCAGAUGAAACCCCUUGCGGGGGUUGGUUAGUUACAAGGCUCAGAACUGCAGCUCAUGGAACUGUAAAUCUUCCAAGUUUGAGUUUAGGGAUUGGGCCAAGAGGAGGACUGGGGGAUCAUGGUGAUGCCUUAUCACGUCAACUGAUUCUUACCAAAGUCUCAUUGGUUGAGAGGCGGCCAGAGAAUUAUGAGGCUGUCAUUGUCCGUCCACUAUCUGCUGUCAGUGCUCUUGUUCGAUUUGCUGAGGAGCCGCAGAUGUUUGCUGUUGAAUUUAAUGAUGGUUGCCCUAUUCAUGUCUACUCAAGCACAUCUCGUGAUAGCUUGCUUGCUGCAGUUUGUGAUCUGUUGCAGACUGAAGUCCAGUGUGCGAUACCUGUUCUACCACGAUUAACUAUGCCUGGUCAUCGUAUUGAUCCGCCGUGUGGGAGAGUUCAUCUUCUGAAUUUGCAACAUCCUUCCAGCAUUUUUCAUCGUGUUGUUGAUAUUGAAAGCGCAUCUAUGCAUUUGAAACACCUUGCAGCUGCUUCCAAAGAUGCCGUUGCUGAAGGGGGUUCUAUUCCUGGUUCAAGAGCUAAAUUAUGGCGCAGAAUUAGGGAAUUUAAUGCAUGUAUUCCAUAUAGUGGAGUGCCUCCAAACAUUGACGUACCAGAAGUGACAUUGAUGGCCUUAAUAACGAUGCUGCCUGCCACACCAAAUCUUCCACCAGAGUCCCCACCCUUGCCUGCACCUUCUCCUAAGGCAGCUGCAACAAUUACUGGAUUUGUGUCAUGUCUACGUAGAUUGCUGGCCUCCAAAAGUGCUGCUUCUCAUGUUAUUUCUUUUCCUGCUGCUGUUGGAAGAAUAAUGGGCCUGCUUAGAAAUGGAUCUGAAGGUGUAGCUGCUGAAGCGGCGACCCUUGUUGCUUUGUUGAUUGGUGGUGGUCCUGGUGAUACAAUUGCAUUGACCGACACAAAAGGGGAGUGGCAUGCAACUGUUAUGCAUACAAAGUCUGUCCUGUUUGCCCAUCACAGUUAUGCAUUUGUCCUUGUCAACAGAUUGAAACCUAUGUCAGUUUCACCAUUACUAUCCAUGGCGGUAGUCGAGGUUUGGGAAGCUAUGAUAUGCGAGCCCCAUGGAGAAACUACACAGUAUACGGUAUUUGUGGAACUACUACGGCAAGUUGCUGGCUUACGUCGUCGCCUUUUUGCCUUAUUUGCUCAUCCUGCCGAAAGUGUGAGAGAAACUGUUGCAGUCAUCAUGCGCACAAUAGCAGAGGAAGAUGCCAUUGCUGCAGAGUCGAUGCGUGAUGCAGCUUUGCGUGACGGUGCUUUGUUGAGGCAUUUGUUGCAUGCUUUUUUUCUACCUGCAGGUGAGCGGCGAGAAGUUAGUCGACAGCUUGUGGCUCUCUGGGCUGACUCUUACCAACCAGCUCUUGACUUAUUGUCUAGAGUCCUGCCACCAGGGCUUGUUGCGUAUCUACAUACACGUUGUGAGGAAGUUGAAGAUUCACAUGAUUCUACUGAUCCAUUAAGCACAUCAAUCAGUAGAAGACAGAGACGAUUACUUCAGCAAAGGAAGCGCCGGACUAUGAAAUCCGCAAUAACUGAGGAGCAUCCCUUGCCAUCUGCAAAUACCAAUGAUAUUGGUGAUUUUGAAAAGCAGACAGGUGUGUAUAACGGCCUUGAUCAGAGACCUUCACCGGAAAUGAACGCUGUAGUGCACCCUUCUACUGUUAAUGCAGUAGAGAACUCGAAUGCUGAUAUACCCCCGUCUGCUUCACAACAUGAUCAUUCAGGGGUUUCUGUUCCAUCUGAUGGUCAAUUAGCCGGUAAUGAGGCUUUAGAUACAGUCGGUAUGAAUUCAGCUGAUUCUGAUGUAAAUAUGGGCGGGGUCCAGAAUUCUGGAGUUCCUGCUCCUGCUCAGGUUGUUGUGGAGAAUACACCUGUAGGAUCGGGAAGAUUGUUGCUUAACUGGCCUGAGUUUUGGCGAGAAUUCAGCCUUGAUCAUAAUCGUGCAGAUCUUAUUUGGAAUGAACGUACUCGACAAGAGCUGAGGGAGGCUUUACAGGCAGAGGUUCAUAAUCUUGAUGUAGAGAAAGAGCGUACUGACGAUAUUUUUCCAGGAGGUUCAGCCACAGAGAAUGUGACUGGGCCAAAUAAUGUGCCUCAAAUAUCAUGGAACUAUUCUGAGUUUUCUGUAAGAUAUCCUAGCUUGUCUAAAGAAGUUUGUGUGGGUCAAUACUAUCUUCGUUUGCUUCUCGAGAGUGGAAAUAGUGGCAGAGCACAAGACUUUCCACUUCGUGAUCCGGUUGCUUUUUUUAGAGCACUAUACCAUAGGUUUCUAUGUGAUGCUGAUAUCGGGCUUACAGUGGAUGGUGCCAUUCCUGAUGAACUCGGUAAAUCUGAUGAUUGGUGUGAUAUGGGAAGGCUAGAUGGUUUUGGUGGUGGAGGCGGCUCUUCUGUAAGAGAGCUGUGUGCACGGGCUAUGGCAAUUGUCUAUGAACAGCAUUGCCUCACUGUUGGACCUUUUGAGGGUACUGCGCAUGUUACUGUGCUCCUAGAUAGGACUGAUGAUAGAACCUUGAGGCAUCGUUUGCUUCUUUUGCUAAAGGUGUUGAUGAAGGCUUUGUCAAAUAUCGAGGCUUGUGUCUUGGUUGGAGGCUGUGUAUUAGGUGUAGAUUUACUAACAGCGGUCCAUGAAGCUUCUGAAAGAACUGCCAUUCCUUUGCAAUCUAAUCUUAUUGCUGCAAGUGCUUUUAUGGAGCCCUUGAAGGAAUGGAUGCUCAUUGACAAGGACGGGGUCCAAGUUGGGCCAAUGGAGAAGGAUGCUAUUAGAAGGUUGUGGUCAAAGAAUGCAAUCGACUGGACCACAAGGUGUCGGGCGUUAGGAAUGACAGAUUGGAAAAAAUUGCGUGAUAUUCGUGAGCUUCGGUGGGCGCUGGCUAUUCGAGUUCCAGUUCUCACCCCUACACAGGUGGGGGAGGCUGCAUUGUCCAUUUUGCAUAGCAUGGUUGCCGCCCGGUCAGAUCUAGAUGAUGCUGGUGAGGUAGUCACCCCAACGCCUAGAGUGAAGCGUAUCUUAUCCAGCCCACGUUGUCUUCCACAUAUUGCUCAGGCUAUGCUUUCGGGAGAACCAAAUAUUGUGGAGGCUGUUGCUGCCUUACUGAAGGCAAUUGUUGCAAGAAAUCCAAAGGCUAUGAUACGCCUAUAUAGCACAGGGGCAUUUUAUUUUGCCCUUGCAUACCCUGGGUCUAAUCUUUUUUCAAUAGCACAACUCUUCCAUGUGACACAUGUCUACCAAGCAUUUCAUGGCGGGGAAGAGGCAGCUGUUUCUUCCUCUUUGCCAUUGGCAAAACGUAGUGUUUUGGGUGGUCUCCUCCCAGAAUCAUUGCUUUAUGUAUUGGAGCGCUCGGGACCAGCAGCGUUUUCUGCAGCUAUGGUCUCUGAUUCUGAUACUCCUGAGAUUAUUUGGACUCACAAAAUGAGGGCUGAAAAUCUUAUUCGACAGGUGUUGCAGCAUCUUGGUGACUUUCCUCAGAAGUUGUCCCAGCAUUGUCAUGCGCUCUAUGAUUAUGCUCCUAUGCCACCAGUUACUUAUCCAGAACUAAGAGAUGAAAUGUGGUGCCAUCGUUAUUACCUCAGGAAUUUGUGUGAUGAGAUCCGAUUUCCAAAUUGGCCUAUUGUUGAACAUGUUGAGUUUCUACAGUCAUUAUUGGCAAUGUGGCGUGAGGAGUUGACACGGAAGCCCAUGGAUCUUUCUGAAGAAGAAGCUUGCAAGAUAUUGGAGAUAAGUUUUGAGGAUAUAUCAGCUGAGAAUUCUCCUAAGACUCGUUUUCCUGAAAAUUUAGAGGAGAAUGGUAGCUUGUCCAAGCAAAUUGAGAAUGUCGAUGAAGAAAAACUGAAACGACAGUAUAGGAAAUUGGCAAUCAGAUAUCAUCCUGACAAGAAUCCUGAAGGGAGGGAAAAAUUUCUCGCGGUUCAGAAAGCUUAUGAACGUUUGCAGGCUUCUAUGCAAGGUUUGCAAGGUCCUCAGGCAUGGAGGGUGUUGCUUUUAUUGAAGGGACAGUGUAUCUUAUACAGACGAUAUGGAAGUGUUCUGGAGCCUUUUAAGUAUGCUGGCUAUCCAAUGUUGUUCAAUGCAAUCACUGUUGAUAAGGAUGAUAACAAUUUUCUCUCAUCUGAUAGAGCUUCACUUCUCGUCGCGGCCUCGGAGCUUACUUGGCUCACAUGUGCAUCUUCCUCUUUAAAUGGGGAAGAGCUUGUGAGGGAUGGAGGGAUACAACUUCUUGCAACGCUUCUCUCUCGGUGCAUGUGUGUUGUGCAGCCAACUACUCCAGCUAGUGAACCAUCUGCAAUUAUUAUCACAAAUGUGAUGCAGACAUAUGCUGUGUUAAGUCAAUUUGAGACUGCUAGGGUUGAGAUGCUUCAACUUUCUGGUCUGAUUGAGGACAUUGUACAUUGCACUGAACUUGAGCUGACUCCUGGAGCCGUUGAUGCUGCACUUCAGACAAUUGCUCAUCUUUCUGUAUCCUCUGAGCUACAACAUGCACUGAUAAAGGCAGGAGUACUAUGGUACCUUUUGCCAUUGUUGCUUCAGUAUGAUUCUACAGCAGAGGAGUCUGAUAUGACUGAAACACAUGGCGUUGGUGCUAGUGUUCAAAUUGCUAAAAAUUUACAUGCUGCUCGAGCAUCUGAGGCUCUAUCAAGGCUAAGUGGUCUGUGUACAGAUGGGAUUCCAGCACCAUAUAACAAGGCUUCAGUGCUUGCCCUUCAGGCUUUGCUGACUCCUAAGCUGGCUAGUAUGUUAAAGGAACAAUCCCCAAAAGAACUGCUAUCAAAAUUAAAUUCCAAUUUGGAGUCCCCAGAGGUUAUAUGGAAUUCUUCAACACGUUCGGAACUGUUGAAGUUUGUUGAGGACCAGCGUACAUCACAGGGUCCUGAUGGAUCAUAUGAUCUAAAAGAUGCUCAUGACUUCUCAUAUACUUCUCUAUCCAAGGAGCUCUGUGUUGGUAAUGUUUACUUGAGGGUCUAUAAUGACCAACCAGAUUUUGAGAUCAGUGAACCAGAAGCUUUCUGUAUUUCCCUAGUGGAUUAUAUAUAUUCUCUAGUACAUGCGCAAAGCACUGCAGCUUCUUUACUUGCCAGUAAUGAAGAUCUGAGUAUCUCCACAGAUAAAUUUAAAUCAGCAACUGAAAUGGAAGAUCCAUCAUAUGGUCAGCAGACAAGCACUGAUGAUUCUGUAGUCGUCUCUGAUGAGAGGGUCUCACAGGAGGAUGAUUCAAGUAUGCUGAAACAUCUUCGCUCCGUGUUAACUUCGCUUAAGAACCUGCUGACUAGUAAUCCAAAUUUGGCUUCCGUUUUUUCCAUCAAGGAAAGGCUGUUGCCUCUGUUCGAAUGUUUUUCUGUUUCUGAUGCAUCCAAUACUGGCAUUUCUCAACUAUGCUUGAAUGUGCUGUCUCUCUUGACUGCAUAUGCUCCCUGUUUAGAAGCUAUGGUUGGUGAUGGAUCCAGUCUUCUUCUCCUACUCCAAAUGCUCCAUUCUUCUCCAAGCUGUCGUGAAGGAGCUCUUCAUGUUCUUUCAGCCUUAGCAAGCACAUCGGAACUCGCUUGGGCUGCUGCGAAGCAUGGUGGAGUAGUUUACAUUCUUGAACUUCUGCUGCCAUUGCAAGAAGAAAUUCCCUUGCCGCAGAGAGCUGCAGCUGCCUCUUUAUUAGGAAGGCUUGUUGGCCAGCCCAUGCAUGGCCCUCGAGUUGCUAUAACGUUGGCAAGAUUCUUUCCAGAUGGUCUGGUAUCAAUAAUCAGAGAUGGUCCAGGUGAAGCUGUGGUUUCUGCCCUUGAUCAAACAACAGAGACACCAGAACUUGUCUGGACACCAGCUAUGGCAGCUUCCUUAUCGGCGCAAAUUGCUACUAUGGCUUCAGAUUUGUAUAAAGAACAGAUGAAGGGUCCAGUUAUUGACUGGGAUGUACCUGAACAAGCAUCGAGCCAGCAAGAUAUGAGAGAUGAGCCACAGGUUGGAGGAAUAUAUGUGAGACUAUUCUUGAAGGAUCCCAAGUUCCCUCUUAGAAACCCAAAAAGAUUUUUAGAAGGUCUCCUUGACCAGUAUGUUUCGUCUGUGGCGGCUACACAUUAUGAUACGCAAGCUGCUGAUCCUGAACUCCCUCUGCUUCUUUCCGCUGCACUUGUAUCACUGCUCCGGGUACACCCUGCUCUUUCAGAUCAUGUAGGAUAUCUUGGGUAUGUGCCAAAGCUCGUUGCUGCAAUGGCUUAUGAAGGAAGGAGAGAGUCCAUGGCUUCAAUUGAUGUUAAAACUGGAAGCUAUGACGCUGAUGGUAGUUACGAUACUGAAGAUGCUUCAUCACAGCCUAAUAAACAAACUCCACGAGAACGAAUUCGUCUUAGUUGUUUGCGUGUGUUGCAUCAGCUUGCAGCUAGUACGACAUGUGCUGAAGCUAUGGCUGCAACUAGUGUAGGGACUCCUCAGGUGGUCCCACUUUUGAUGAAAGCCAUCGGAUGGCAAGGUGGAAGCAUAUUGGCCCUUGAGACUCUCAAACGUGUUGUAGUUGCCGGAAAUCGUGCUCGUGAUGCACUUGUGGCACAAGGGCUAAAGGUUGGUCUUGUUGAAGUUCUCCUUGGUCUUCUUGACUGGCGAGCUGGUGGAAGGAAUGGUCUUUGCUCACAAAUGAAGUGGAAUGAAUCUGAAGCAUCAAUUGGCCGCGUGCUUGCUGUUGAGGUAUUGCAUGCAUUUGCCACAGAAGGAGCUCACUGCAGUAGUGUGCGUGAGAUAUUAGAUGCCUCUGAUGUAUGGAGUGCUUACAAAGAUCAAAGGCAUGACCUCUUUCUUCCUUCUAAUGCCCAAUCUGCUGCUGCUGGUGUUGCUGGCCUAAUUGAGAGCGAUUCUUCAAGACUGACGUAUGCCCUAACUGCACCUCCGUCACAACCUUCCAUAGCAAGGUCACCUCCAUCUGCAACUAAUGGAGUGCAGGACCUGUACCAAUAAUGACAAACAAUAAAAACGUUCUGUGAUUUUUCCUGAUCCUUUUUUUUGUGUGUAUAGCUUAUUGUACAGUCUUUUUGUUUUAUGGUUUCCCUCUUAUUUUUGGUGGGCCCAAUCUUGUUCGGAUUUGAGUGAUUUCACGCUGAGAUCAGAGGAAUCUGUAUAGGUGACAACUGAGUUUUGUAAAUUGUAUCUUCUUUUAAGUUUACUCAAUAGAAAAGUAAAAUUAGUUGGAACA